AUGACUCGGUUGCUGCGACAGCUGCAGCUGCUGCUGCGGGAGCAGCAGCGAGGAGGCAGCUGCCUCUGUUGCAGCUUAUCAGCAGCACGGGCAGCACACCCAGCAGCAGCAACUCGCCUGGCAGCAGCAUCUGCUGCAGCAACAUCUGCUGCAGCAACAUCUGCAGCAGCAGUAGCAGCAGCAGCAGCUACAGCAGGGGCUUCUGGAGUACAGUCUCGUCGCUUGUAUGAAGGUUUCCCAACAGCCACAAAACCUGUUGCUGCUGCUGCUGCUGUAAAUAGAUUGUCUGCCUGCAGCAGCAGCAGCAGCAGCAGUAGCCACGGCUACAAUGCAGCAUUCACAUCCCUGCGGCAGCUGCUGCGACAGCAGCAGCAGCAGCACCGGCAACAGCAGCAGCAGCUGCAGCGCCGCACUUUCAGCAGCACCGCGGGGGCUGCUGCAGAGACGCAGGAUGCUUCAGCAGAUGCAGCAGCAGCAGUAGCAGCAGCAGGGAGAGAUGACCGUACACUUCAGAUGUUUUGUGUCUGCGCCCCCGGCCUGGAGGAAGUGCUAGCUCGCGAGCUGCAGCUGCUGCUGCUGUCUCCUCAGCCGCAUCUAGCUGCUGCUGCUGCUGCUGCUGCAGCUGGGGACACUGCAGCUGCGGUCGCAGCAGCAGCAGCAGCAGAAGCAGCAGCAGCAGCAUCAACUGUGUUGUCUGUAGAUGUACAAGAAGGAGGCGUUGCCUGCUCAGGACCCCCUGAGUUGCUGUGGAAUAUAGCGCUGCGCAGCCGCAUCGCUGAGGAAGUACGCGUUGCUGUGGGAGAGCCGUUUGUCGCUCGGGAGAAGUUUUUGGUGUUUUCAGCAACUUUUAAUGAACCUAAAAUUUCAGUAAGCAGCAGCAGCAGCAGCAGAAGCAGCAGAAGCAGCAGCAGCAGCAGCAGCAGGUGCAGCAGCAGCAAGAACGAGGGCAGCAGCACUGAGCAGCAUGCGGCCUUUAUCCUCGACUUCUGCCCCUGUAUCCGCAUGGAGACACCAGGGCAGCAACAGCAGCAGCAGCAGCAGCAGCAGCAGCUGCAGCAGCAAUAG